UCAUUUGUCACAUUCGAAAGGAAAUAUCAAAGCAAGGAAAUCACACUCGGAGUUACGUAAAUAAUUUGAGAUUUACUCUUAUUUCCUAACUGCUACUGCAACUACUACCGAUCCUUACUCCUUAUUCUCCUCUUCACUAUAUUCAACUACUACAUAAUUCACACCUAAAUUGAUUAGUGGGGAGUUCAUUUAAAUACUUAGUCUAGUCCUCUCAACUCGAGCAUUGCUGAUAAUACUACUACACACGGGAUGCAAGGUUUGAGUGUUCAAAAGAUGCUGAAGACGAUGCCAUCUAAAGCUUUGAUCACCAUAAUCAAUUUUGUUUUCCUCACUGUCUUUCUGCUUGUUUAUGCCACUGUUCUUCCCCAUCCAUCUGACUAUUUAGAGAAUGCAGGCUCCCUUGUGAGGUGCUCCUUGAGCGAAUGUCAUCACAAGCAGGCAGAAAAAAACUUGAAAAUGAAAGCAGUAUUGGAAGAACCUAAAGCAAUCCAUCACAGGGAAAAAAAUGAGAAACGAAACAAUGUAGUACCAAGCUUUUUUGGCGAGAUGGGGAAAGGAACGAGGAUAGGAAUGGUGAACAUGGAAGAAGGGUUUGUGAGAGAAUGGAGCACGCAUGGGGAAACCACGACGGUUCAUUUCCAGAGAGUAUCACAGUUUUUGAACUGGACAGACUUGUUUCCUGAAUGGAUAGACGAGGAAGAAGAGAAUGAUGUGCCGUCGUGUCCGGAGAUACCUAUGCCAGAGUUUACACAAUAUGGAAGCAUGGACAUCAUCGUUGCGAAGCUGCCAUGCAGGUAUCCCGAAAAAGCGUGGAAUAGGGACGUAUUUCGGUUGCAAGUUCAUCUUAUAGUUGCGAAUUUAGCCACAAAGAAUGGGAAGAAGGAUUGGAGAGGGAAGACAAGAGUGGUUUUUUGGAGCAAGUGUAGACCAAUGAUGGAACUGUUUCCAUGCGACAACUUGGUUAAGCGGGAAGGUGAAUGGUGGUACUAUGAAGCUGACAUGAACAAGUUACAACACAAAGUUUCAUUGCCCCUCGGUUCCUGCAAGUUGGCCAUGCCUCUCUGGGAACAAGGGAGGAAGGAGUUGGUGAAGAGUGAGAAAAACGGUGAAAGCAGAGCGAAAAUAAAGCGCGAAGCCUAUGCCACAGUAUUGCAUUCCUCAGAAGCAUACGUUUGCGGUGCAAUAACACUAGCACAAACCCUCCUCCAAACAGGGACCAAACGUCACCUAAUCCUCCUCGCGGAUAAGUCCAUCUCCGUUCCCAAACGCAGGGCCCUAUCGGAAGCGGGUUGGAAGAUCCAGAUGAUAACCCGAAUCCGAAACCCAAGGGCAGAGAAAGGAAGCUACAACGAAUACAACUACAGCAAGCUCCGUCUGUGGCAGCUCACCGACUACGACAAAAUAAUCUUCAUCGAUUCCGAUAUCAUCGUACUCCGGAACCUGGACAUCCUCUUCCGCUUCCCGCAGAUAUCCGCCACGGGGAACGACCAAUCGGUAUUCAACUCCGGGAUAAUGGUGAUCGAACCUUCGAACUGCACGUUCGGCGUGCUGAUGCGGCUUCGCGAUGUCGUGGUUUCGUACAACGGAGGGGACCAGGGGUUUCUGAACGAGGUGUUGGUGUGGUGGCACAGGCUGCCGCGGAGGGUGAACCUUCUAAAGAAUUUCUGGGCGAACACGAGUGCAGAGGCAAGGGAGAAGAACGCGCUGUUCGGGGCGGAGCCGGCGGAGGUGUAUGCGAUUCACUACCUGGGGUGGAAGCCCUGGCACUGCUUCAGGGACUACGACUGCAAUUGGGACACCCUGGAGCAGAGAGUGUACGCCAGUGACGUGGCGCACCGGAGAUGGUGGAAGGUUCACGACGCCAUGGAGGAGGGUUUGCAAAGAUUAUGUGGGUUGACGAAACGGCGUCGCACUGCGCUGAAGUGGGAGAGGAGGAAGGCCAGGAGCAUGGGCUUUUCUGAUGGACAUUGGAAAAUCAAUAUCACCGAUCCCAGACGAUUUACCCCUCUUCUCAUCCAUUAGGGAUGACAAUGUGGACUUGUUCCAGUGGGAUGACUCGCAAGCUUAUCGAAAAAAUCUGGUUUGCGCAUAUUCACAGUUUGUGCGGAUGGGCCUGCAACACAUAAAAAAAAAAAAACUUUCACUUAUAUAUAUUGAUUACAUAACUUUAGAUUUCUGGAUGAACGUUUCAAAUUUUGGUAUGAGUAGAAAAAACAAGUGUUAUGUAUUGUAGGAUAUGCUAAAAUUUGAAGAAUACGUGUAUGUCAAAGUAC